AACCAAGAUGAAACAGAAUUGACCUGUCUGGCUCAAGUCUAGCCAUCCAUUCACCACUUCAGGAAAAAGAGAGAAGAUAACAAUAACCAGAAGAAAACAGAGGAAAAUGUCACCGGAACUUCUUCACCAUGUCCACCGCCACCAAUUGCCGAAACCACCAGUGCUCCGCUGCUCUCUUCCCUCUCUUUCUUUGAAUUUUCGAGCCGCGAAGGUGGCGGGACAAAAGAAUGAGAUGAGUUGUUUCAGGCGGCUGAGAUGGGCAAUGCGAGGAUCCUCACAAGCUCUCACUCCACUGCGGUACCGAGUAAUUUCAGCGUCAUUACAGCCACUAGAUUUGACGGAGGACAACGUUAAACGGGUCUUGGUUGAUGCUCGAGCCGAGUUCGGGCAGAUAUUUGACGUAUCGGCUGGCAUGACAGGAGUAGCAGAGCUCGUUGAAUUGGAUGGACCCUUUGUGAAGAUUAGUCUCAAAGGUCGGUUUUGGCACAAAAGAUCAACUGUUUUGGACAGACUUGCUAAUUACUUGAAGCAAAGGAUCCCUGAAAUCUUGGAAGUAGAUAUAGAAGAUGAGAAACAAUUGGAUGAUAGUCCUGAAAACUUCUGAGCUGAUGUUUUCUAAGGGUGUUUUGAGAGUGCUUGGCACUCAUCUUCACUGGUUCCAACUUCCACAUUAGCUCGGUUAGUUAUCGGAAGGAGCACAACUGCAAUAGACUUUUGGUGUAUUGGCUUGCAAUAACUGGGGUAGGAACAAGAACUGGAGCAGGAGUUGCAUCAGAAGUUACAUAUCCAGUGAUACAUGUACUUUCAUGUGUGUUUUGAAUGGGUUCCGUUUGCCUGAUCCAGUUACCAUUUAUGAAUUACCAGAGAACAUUUUAGUCAAUUUCACCUAUUUGGGGUCAAUCUAUAUCGUUUGCCUGCUGAA